AUGCCAUACAACACAAAAAAUGAUAAAAAACUUAACGCUCAGAGAAAUGAUAGCAGCAUUACUAGCAGUAAUGCCAGUGACGACGUUGCUGAAUUAAGAGACUUCGAUGAUGUUCCUGUAGUUGUUACAAAGAAAGUAAAUGAAUUAUAUGCAAAUACAUCAAGGCGUAUUAGCCAAGAUAAUCCAUUUUUAGAGCUUUUUAAUGGCAACACCCAGAGAAAUCCUAGCCAAAUUGGGGGUGAUAAUAAUGAUGUUGAAUCAGAUGCUGGUUUCACCGAUAACUUUGCUGAUUGGAGCCACUUCAGUGUUACCGCGUCUCAUGAACCAUUUGGCGAUGCUGUUAACAAUCAGAGAGGUGUAAAAGUUCUUAGAAACUUUGCUCCCGUUAUAGCUGAUCCCACUAGAUUAGCAAACUUCGAUAAUGCAUCACGUCCAUACAGAUCAAAUUCUGUUGACUCAGAUGCUACUUCUACUAGCAGUAAUCUAAGCGAUGAUAGCGAUUUAGACGAAUGGGUAGUAAUAAGUGAUGAAGAAGUCAGGUCAGCACAGAGAAAAGGCUGGAAGGAAGCUUUGGCAGAACAUGGAGCAGUAGUAAAACAAAAACUUGCUAAAUUGGUUGGUGCAGAUCCCAAUAAAGAAUUUUUUGAGUGGUCAUCAAAACAGCAAAUACAUGCGUGUGGUAUAGUAGGUGGAUUAUUGAUUGCAGGAGCUCCAAUUAUAAUAGCUGGUGCAGGAAUUAUUGGGAUAGGUGCUGUAGUACUUGGUGGAAUGUUUGGAGUAGGUUUUCUAUUAUUUGGAGGUUUGAGUGCAAUUGGAAUCGCAGGUGUAAAAACAGUUCAAGGAUUUAAUUGGACAGCGAAAGCAGUAAGUGAGGGUACUAAAAUUGCUACACGGAAAAUUACAUCAGGGGUUAGCAAUACAGCAGGUACUGUAGGAGCAAAGAUACAAAGCUUAUCUACUACAACUGAUUAUCAAGACAAACUACGGAGACUUACUAACACGCAAAACAAAAGUCAUGAUAAAGUAGAAGAUGAAUUUCAAAAGCAAGUUAGUGGCGAUAAAAAUCUUUCAAGAAAAGACAGAAAGGUUAUUACAAAAGCUGUACUAAAAAAAAUAGUGUCAAUUCUAGACUCAGAGAUAAAAAAUAUAGAGGGAGAGAAGCUAAUGGCAGAAGCAACAGGAGACAAAGAGAAAGUAGCAAAAGCAGUAGAGACACUCGAUCUGUUGAAACAACAGAAAGAACUUUUUGAUGGUCUUAAGCCUGGAAAAGCGUAUAAGCUUUUCAGUGGUCAAAAAACAUCAAUAUCUAAUAAGGAUCGUUACUUAUUCACUAUUGCCGUUGCUGGAAAUUCUAAUGCAAUUAUAGAUGUUAUAGGUGCGGAAGUGCAGAAAGCAUCAGGACUUGCAAAUAAUGCUUUAAAUGCAGCAGGCAAACCAGACCGGUCUGUAUUUUACGGUAACGAUGAUUCAGGAGUAGAGAGUGACGCUACCUUUACAUCACUCAGUGAAAGCUUGCCUGAAAGUAGACGUAGCAGUUACGCUAGUGAACAUACUGAAGAUAGAGCAACUCCUCUUGUUACAUCUAGGUUGAAU